AUGUUUUUCGUGUUUUUGAUUCUUUUGAUGAUAUUGGUUGUUACAUUCUUUGUAAAUGGAGAGAGUACGUUCAAUUUGUGGUUUUGGUCAAAAUUCGGAUCCGAUGAAGAGAGGUACUUUCUUGAUAAAACGGUCUGGGUGAUUGGAUGUAGUUCGGGCAUUGGCGCCGAAAUUGUGCUUCGACUAGCACAACUUGACUGUAAUGUGAUCUUAUCAGCUCGAAGAAAGGAGGAACUGGACGCGUUGAAGGAGAGCAAAAUCGUCUACACGAUCAUCAGUCGUAUUUCCAUUGGACGUGACAAACUUCCAGGAGCUGAAGAAGUGUUGCAGAAAAGUAAGCACUUUCUUCGGAAAGGUAAUUUUUUUACUGCGAAUGUAGAUGUAAUCAUACUCUGUUGCGGUCAAUCUCAGAGAGCCGAAUGGACUACAGUCGAUCCGAAAGUGGACGACGCUUGCUUCCAAGUGAACGCUUUGGGACCAACUGUUCUUGCAAGAGAAUAUCUCAAAACCCUCAAAACCGAUGAGAAUGGUUGGAAUGAUAGUUUUAUCGAACUUGCAUUUAUCUAUGACCUUGGUUUCACCGAUUCAGUCGAGUAG